GUCUGGUAUGACUCUAAGACAUUUGCACAGUGGAAAGGAGGGUGUACUGUGAAGAUUCCAGUAACCUUGGAUACUAUACCGGUGUUCCAACGAGGCGGGAGUGUGGUGCCAAUGAAGACCAGUGUGGGAAAGUCCACAGGCUGGAUAACUGACUCCCCGUACGGACUCAGGGUUGCUCUGAGCACUCAGGAUUCUGCUGUGGGCGAGCUGUAUCUGGAUGAUGGCCAUUCAUUCCAGUACCUCCACCAGAACCAGUUCUCACACCGCAGGUUUUCAUUCUGUUCCGGUGUUCUGACCAGCAGGUGUGCUGAUGAGAAAGGCCGUUAUCCCAGCAAGUGCAUAGUGGAGCAGAUCUUGGUCUUAGGCCUAAGGAAGAAGCCAUCUUCUGUGACUACUCACUCAUCUG